AUGUCUCAGUUUACAAGCGAAGAUGAAGCUCUGUUACAGUCUAUGCUUAGACAGUUGCUGCAGAGUGUGAAGGAAAAAAUCACUGGAGCCCCAUCAGUAGAAUGUGCAGAAGAGAUUCUCUUGCAUUUGGAGGAAACAGAUGAGAAUUUUCACAACUAUGAGUUUGUGAAAUACCUUAGACAAUAUAUAAAUAAUACUGUGGGAUCUGUGAUUGAAGAAGAAACAGAAAAAUAUACUUCUGCUCAAAAUCAGGGUGAAGUAUCUGGCUAUGACACACUUGUCCAACACGUUACUAAGAAGACCCGUGAAUCAAAAGAAUACACAGAAAUGAUGCAUGCCCUGAAGAAUGUCAUGAUGGUUGUGGCAGAAUCUUUGAUUAACAAGUUUGAAGAAGACCGGAUGUGUAAUAAGGAGCUGGAUAGUAAAACAAAGAAAGAACGUCAGAGUGGCUAUUAUACAGACAACUGUUCCGACAGUGACUCCUCGUUCAACCAAAGUUAUAUGUUCAUGAGUCAAGAACAAUUGCAACUGCUUGUAGAAAGGCUUGACCCUAUUCAGCCUAAGGAAGUUCGCCAAGAAGCCUUGCAGACACUGUGCUUUGCCUCUCCCUCUGAUAUACUGAACUCUGAGAGUUGGUCAAAUCUGCGUAAGCAUCUAACUGUGUCUCUGUCAGAUCCGGAUGCAACAUUCAGUGAGAAAAUUCUUAGGUUCUAUGCAAAAACUUUUUCUUCUUCUCCAUUUAAUAUGACAAGAGAAGUCUAUACAAGUUUAGCAAGACACUUGGAGUUGUACUUUCUUUCUGGAGAGUAUUCUCUUCGUAUUUCAGCUGGUCUCGACGUAUCUAACACAAACAUAACUCGUUUACUUAAAAAGGUCCGCCUUUUAAAUGAGUACCAAAAGGAGGCUCCCUCUUCCUGGAUUCGUUAUCCAGAAAAGUAUAUGGAAGAAGUAGUGGAGAGUACCUUGUCACUUUUGUCAGUAAAACACGAGCCUAAUUAUCCUACAUCUCCAGAUUUCUUGAGUCCAGUCUACUUCUUGGCUCUGCUAGAUAUCAAAGCAGUAUGGUUUAAAAAGUGGACGCAUGCGUAUUACAGCAGGACAGUGGUACUUAGGCUUUUGGAAAAGAAAUACAAAUCAUUGAUUAAUGCAGCUGUCCAGCAAUGUCUGGAUUAUUUUGAAUUUUGCAAGGCAGCAAUUAAUAAAAAUUCCAGAGUCAAUGACUUCUCCCAGCAGCAGUGUAGUGAUAAGCAGAACUUUUCCUACACUGGACCAGAAUUGCAGUACGUCUAUUUUGUUCAUUCACUGUGCCUGUUAGGAAGAUUGUUGAUCUAUAAACAAGGCCAAAAUCUCUUUCCAGUACAGCUAAAAAAUAAAAAAGAUAGUGUAUCCGUAACGGAUCUGUUGGUAGUAUUUAUUCAACUUAUUUAUUACUCUCCAAGUUACCCAAAGACAGCUUUGGCAGUACAUACAGACAAUUAUUCUCCAGCAAGUCUUGUUAUGGAGAUUCUGCAAGUUAUUUGUGAUCAGACAGGAUGUGCUGCUGAAUGUUUAUAUAUGGACACAGUGAUAGAUGCCCUACUUCAUCCAGUUCAGAGUUUACUGAGUGGCACAGAGGUGUAUGUAAAUUGUCUUGAAACCACUUUAAUUAAUGUAGCUGAUAUUUUGGCAAGGAUUGCUGCUGUAGAAGAUGGUCUUUCUCUUCUUCUUUAUGGAGAAAAUGGAAAAGCUGCCAAAAAAGAUAGUCCUACAGCUGUUCAUGUAAUUGUUCAGUUUACAAAGAAACUUCUUCAUGACGACAUUUCUCUUUUAUCUGGAUCCGAACUUUUGCCAGUUGUUAAAGGAGCUUUCGUUUUUGUAUGUCGUCAGAUGUACAGAACUUGUGAAGGCCUGCGGGUGUUGAUUCCUUAUGGCUUGCAUGAAUCUAUUGGAGAGGCCUGGAAAAAGACGAGUUUACUUUCAGAAAGAGUACCCACUCCUGUAACUGUUGCGGACUCAGCUUCGUCAUUAAGUCUAGAGUCAAAAAAUGUUUUGUUAUGGGAACAGACUUUGUUAGAUGCCUUGCUAAAUUUUUCUGCCACACCCAAAGGACUAUUUCUGCUUCAUAGUACAGGUGUCAUGAAUGAUUGUGUGAACUUUAUGUUCAGCAGUUUAUCAAAAAAACUCCAGACAAAUGAAUAUGAAGAUUUUGAUAAUAGAGCGAUUGUUACACAAAUCGCAACAACACCAACAGGUGCAGUAGCUCUACAGAGUUCAGGUUUUAUAAAGGCACUUGUAACUGAAUUAUGGGCUCUUUUGGAGUGUGGAAAAGAUGAUGUGAGGAUAACCCAACCCAAAUCUACUCCAGUUGACCCUAUUGACCAAAGCUGUCAGAAGUCUUUUCUCUCUCUGAUAAACUUGCUCACUUACCCUGCAGUUUUUGAGCUCCUGAGUAAACAAGAGAUACCAAAUAAACCAAUGUAUUCACUUCGUGAAGUACCUACAGAUAUUAUUGAUAUCAUUGACAGACUUAUAAUUUUGAAUUCAGAAGCUAAAAUUCAUUCCUUAUUCAAUUAUGAACAAUCACAUAUCUUUGGUCUGAGGUAA